AUGAUGUGUGAGGUGAUGCCCACCAUUUCUGAGGAUGGGCGAAGUGGGACUGGUGGGGGCCCUUCCUCACCUGCCGGGGCAGGAGUUGGAGGCUCCGGAGGUGCAAUGGGAGCAGGAGGGAGCAGCGGGAGGGAGGCAAGAACUGGGGGAGACGAAGGAGGCAGCACGGGGAACCUGGAGUCGUUGAUGGUCAACAUGCUGACCGAGAGGGAGAGGCUCCUGGAGAACCUGAGGGACACACAGGACUGCCUGGGCACGGCUCAGCUCCGCCUCCGCGAGCUCGGCCACGAAAAGGAGUCACUUCAGAGGCAGCUAUCUAUUGCCCUGCCGCAGGAGUUUGCUGUGUUGACUAAAGAGCUGAACGUUUGCCGGGAGCAGCUUCUGGAGAGGGAGGAGGAGAUUUCUGAGCUCAAGGCGGAGAGAAACAACACACGUUUGUUGCUGGAACACCUGGAGUGUCUGGUAUCCCGCCAUGAGCGCAGUCUGAGGAUGACAGUGGUGAAAAGACAAGCCCAGUCCCCGGCAGGGGUUUCCAGUGAGGUGGAAGUCCUCAAGGCCCUCAAGUCUCUGUUUGAGCACCACAAGGCUCUGGAUGAGAAGGUUCGUGAGAGGCUCCGCGUGGCCCUCGAGAGGGUGUCCACGUUAGAGGACCAACUCGCAGCAUCAUCUCAAGAGGUAAUCUCUUUAAGAGACCAAAUUAAAAGACGUCAACAAGGGGCGGACGGCGGGAAAGAUCGACUACCCAAUGGUCCCUCCAUUGGCCUGGAGGACAGUGAGUUGGAGAGACAGCGAGAAGCAGAAAUAGAGAGGCAGAGAUCUGAACUCUCCCAGCUGAAGGAGAGGUUGGCCCUCAUGUGCCGGCAGGUUGGGGAAAUAGAGGAACAGCUUGCAACCGCCAGGAGGGAGGUGACAAAGUCAGAGGAGGCCAAUCAGAAGCUCCAAAGGGAAGUGAAAGAGGCCCUUUGCCAAAGGGAGGACAUGGAGGAAAGGAUUACAACACUAGAACGCAGGUACCUCAGCGCCCAGAGGGAGGCGACUUCUCUUCAUGAUAUCAAAGACAAGCUGGAAAAUGAGCUGGCAAGCAAGGAAUCACUGCACAGACAGAGUGAAGAGAAGAACAGACAGCUACAGGAACGUCUGGAUGAAGCCAAGCAGAAGCUCCAGCAGACCCUACAGAGGGCAGAGACACUGCCUGAGAUUGAGGCCCAGCUUGCCCAAAGGGUUGCUGCUCUCAACAAGGCCGAGGAGCGCCAUGGAAACUUUGAGGAGCGGCUACGGCAAAUGGAAGCUCAACUCGAAGAGAAGAACCAAGAGCUACAGAGGGCGAGGCAGAGGGAAAAGAUGAAUGACGAACACAACAAACGCCUCUCGGAUACAGUGGACAAGCUUCUGUCUGAGUCCAAUGAGAGGCUGCAGCUCCACCUCAAAGAGAGAAUGGCAGCACUAGAGGAGAAGAAUGCUCUUUCAGAGGAACUGUCCAAUAUGAAGAAAAUCCAAGAUGAUCUUAUAGCUAAUAAGGAACAGCUCCUGGCUGAGCUGGAGCGCAUCCAACUGGAGCUGGAUCAACUGAGAGGCAGGCCUGGCGCUUCAUAUUCCAGAUCUCUCCCAGGGAGCGCCUCGGAGCUGCGCUACCCCCAGGGUGGAGGCUCGCUCCCGUCCGGCUACAGCAACUCUAGUGGCGUGGUGGUCAGGCGGACCCAUCGAGGCCGCUGGGGGGCUCGAGACGAUAAUAACAAGUAUGGAGAAUGGGACAGCGGCAGUAUGCUUGGUCCCGGCUAUGAGGGCGGGGACGGUUGCUCUGACGACGAGGACGACAGAGAGACCCUGUUUGGAUCGGAGCUGCUCUCUCCCAGUGGACAGACAGAUGUACAGACGUUGGCCAUCAUGCUACAGGAGCAACUGGAGGCCAUCAACAAGGAGAUUAAGCUGAUUCAAGAGGAAAAAGAAAGCACCGAACUCAGGGCAGAAGAGAUUGAGAGCCGGGUUAGCAGCGUGGCCCUCGAUGCACCUCUUCCCCCCUCCUCUCUGGGAGGACGUGACAGUAUUGGCAGGGGAUACAUGACUCCCUCUAUCACCUCCUCUACGUUGGCGUCUCCCUCACCGCCCAGCUCUGGACAUUCCACCCCCCGCCUGCCACAUUCCCCUGCCAGGGAGACUGACAGACAGAAUAGCAAAGAUGGUGAAGAAUGCAGAGCACUUGCCCUGAUUGACUCCAACCCUCCUUCUGUCCCUCGAGCUCUACGAUUGGACCGUAUGACACACACUCACCCAGGGGCAGGCCUCGAUGACCUCCGGGAAUUUCGCAGUCUCUCCGGGGACGGCUCUACCACUGCUAGCCAGGAUUCACUCCAUAAAGCCAGCAAAAAGAAAAGCAUUAAGUCGUCAAUUGGUCGUCUUUUUGGCAAAAAGGAAAAGGGGAGGAUCGGUGCACAUGGGCGUGAAUCUUCCUCGCUGGCCUCCACACCCUCUGACGACCUGGGUUCAGCUGACCCGUUAGGCCUGGCUAAACUUGGGACUGGAACCGUGGAGAAAGACCGCCGCAGCAAAAAGAAACACGACCUGUUAGAGGAAGCGUGUCGCCAGGGUCUGCCUUUCGCCUCAUGGGAUGGCCCGACUGUCGUUACGUGGCUUGAGCUGUGGGUCGGGAUGCCUGCAUGGUAUGUAGCAGCAUGUCGCGCCAACGUGAAGAGCGGUGCCAUUAUGGCCAACCUGUCGGACACUGAGAUCCAGCGGGAGAUCGGCAUCAGUAACCCUCUACACCGGCUCAAACUCCGUCUGGCCAUCCAGGAAAUGGUCUCCCUCACUAGUCCAUCUGCACCUGCAAGCACUCGCUCUUCGACCAGUAACAUCUGGAUGACACAUGCUGAGAUGGAGUCUCUCACUGCUUCCACCAAGCCAGAGCAGAAAGAGUUUAGCUGGGACCAGAUCCUGGCCUAUGGAGAUAUGAACCACGAGUGGGUGGGAAACGAGUGGCUGCCCAGCCUGGGUCUGCCCCAGUACCGCUCCUACUUCAUGGAAUCACUGGUGGAUGCCCGUAUGCUUGAUCACCUCACCAAGAAAGAACUGAGGGGCCAGCUGAAGAUGGUGGACAGUUUCCACAGGGUGAGUCUUCAUUAUGGAAUCAUGUGCUUGAAGCGCUUGAACUAUGACAGGAAGGAGCUGGAGAGGAGGAGGGAUGAAAGUCAACACCAUAACCAAGAUGUAAUGGUGUGGUCCAAUGAGCGAGUGAUGUGUUGGGUGCAGUCUAUCGGUCUGAAAGAGUUUGCUGACAACCUAUUAGAAAGUGGGGUGCAUGGGGCACUCCUGGCACUAGAUGACACCUUUGACUACACAGACUUGGCCCUCCUCCUCCAGAUACCCAACCAGAACAUACAGGCAAGGCAGCUCCUAGAGAAGGAGUACAAUGCUCUCAUCUCCAUGGGAACCGAGAGGAGACCAGAUGAGGAUGGCAUGAAAACCUUUACACGGUCACCAUCAUGGAGGAAGAUGUUUAGAGAGAAGGACCUCCGCGGCGUGACUUCUGACUCCUCAGAAACAUUACCUGCCAACUUCCGUGCCUCCGCCAUCUCGACCCCGUCCGUCACUCUGAGAAAAGUUCAGAGUGAAGUAGGUCCUAGAGGAGAGUCGGGGUCUGUGAGAACAUAUUCUUGCUAA